CGGGAACCCGAGCGGGGACGACGGCCUGCCGCGCGCGGCUGCGGCGCUUCCGAAGGGGCCCGUGCGCCGGCUGGUGGGGGCGACAGCUCCCUACGCCGGACACCGAGGCUAGGAGGGGACAGAGUCCUGCCGAAAGCUGACCGAGAGGGACCAUGGCCGGAGAGCGGUGCGCGAUGCCCGGACCGACUCUGCGACGGUGGCUAUGGCUGGGGACCGUGACCGUGGCGUUCCUGACCCAGAGCGUCUUGGCCGGUGUGAAGAAGUUUGAUGUGCCCUGUGGAGGGAGAGACUGCAGCGGAGGCUGUCAGUGCUACCCAGAGAAAGGAGGGCGGGGUCAGCCCGGGCCAGUGGGCCCUCAGGGCUACAACGGGCCACCAGGGCUGCAAGGGUUCCCCGGACUGCAGGGCCGCAAAGGUGACAAGGGCGAACGGGGAGCCCCAGGGCCGACAGGACCCAAAGGAGACGUGGGAGCGAGAGGUGUUUCCGGAUUCCCUGGAGCAGACGGAAUUCCAGGACAUCCCGGGCAAGGUGGGCCCCGAGGAAGGCCUGGCUAUGAUGGUUGCAAUGGAACCAGAGGAGACGCAGGCCCGCAGGGGCCCUCGGGCUCCGGGGGCUUCCCCGGCCUCCCUGGACCCCAAGGACCCAAGGGACAAAAAGGCGAACCUUAUGCACUGUCGGAAAGGGACCGCGACAAAUACAGGGGUGAACCUGGAGAGCCUGGACUGGUUGGUUACCAGGGUCCUCCUGGCCGCCCAGGACCAAUAGGGCAGAUGGGGCCCGUCGGAGCCCCAGGAAGACCGGGACCACCUGGGCCCCCAGGACCUAAAGGACAACCAGGCAACAGAGGACUCGGCUUCUAUGGAGAAAAGGGUGAAAAGGGUGACGUAGGACAGCCAGGACCCAAUGGGAUUCCAUCUGACGUCACUCUCAUCGGGCCCACAAUGACGACAUUCCCCCUGGAUCAGUACAAGGGUGAAAAAGGCAGUGAGGGCGAACCAGGGAUGCCAGGUAUCUCCUUGAAGGGCGAGGAAGGAGUCAUGGGCUUUCCAGGAGCACGGGGUUUCCCUGGCCUCGAUGGAGAGAAAGGAGCCUCAGGACAGAAGGGAAGCAGAGGCCAGGAUGGUUUCCAAGGCCCCAGUGGGCCCCGAGGACCCAAGGGAGAACGAGGAGAACGGGGCCCCCCAGGAGCUCCUGCCUACUCGCCCCAUCCUUCGCUGGCAAAAGGUUCCAGGGGUGACCCAGGAUUCCCAGGAACCCACGGAGAGCCAGGAAGCAGGGGUGAGCCAGGAGACCCUGGCCCCAUAGGCCCUCCUGGCCUGUCCAUCGGAGAUGGAGAUGACAAGAGAGGCCUGCCGGGAGAAAUGGGACCCAAAGGCUACAUAGGAGAACCAGGUCUCCCUGCACUCUAUCCAGGCCCACCUGGAGCUGACGGGAAGCCAGGGCUCCCAGGAGUCCCUGGACCUGCUGGUCCACCUGGACCAGAUGGUUAUCUGUUCGGCCUUAAAGGAGUGGAAGGACGAGUGGGCUAUCCUGGGCCUUCCGGUUUCCCAGGGACUCGAGGACAGAAAGGAUGGAAAGGUGAAGCUGGGGACUGCAAGUGUGCAGACGGCCUCGGGGGUCUCCCAGGACUCCCAGGAACCAAGGGCUUCCCGGGCAUCAGUGGGACUCCAGGGAGGAAAGGCGACCAAGGAGACCCCGGCCAGCACGGCAUCCCUGGGUUCCCUGGGUUCAAGGGAGCCCCUGGCCAUGUUGGAGUUCCUGGGCCCAAAGGAGUAAAAGGAGAUUCCAGAACAAUCACCACGAAAGGUGAACGAGGACAGCCAGGUGUCCCCGGUGUGCACGGAAUGAAGGGUGACGAUGGCAUCCCAGGGCGGGAUGGACUGGACGGCUUCCCUGGCCUUCCGGGGCCUCCGGGCGACGGCAUCAAAGGCCUUCCAGGAGACUCAGGUUACCCUGGCCUACCUGGGACCAAGGGCUUUCCAGGGGAAGCAGGCCCCCCCGGACUGGGCUUGCCUGGCCCCAAAGGCGAGCGUGGUUUCCCUGGAGAUUCCGGAUUGCCCGGACCGCCUGGCUUCCCUGGUCCUCCCGGUCCCCCAGGCACGCCAGGACAAAUAGACUGUGACACAGGUGUGAAAAGGCCUAUUGGAGGUGACCAGCAGGAGAUUGUCCCAGCAGGUUGUGCUGGAGGCCCAAAGGGAUUGCCAGGCCAGCCAGGACCCCCGGGGUCCCCAGGUGUCAAGGGUAUCAGGGGAACACCAGGAUUCUCAGGAGCUGAUGGGGCACCAGGGCUCAAGGGCUUCCCUGGAGAACCAGGUCGUGAAGGCUUCCCAGGACCUCCAGGGUUCAUGGGCCCCCGAGGAUCCAAAGGUGCCACAGGCCGCCCGGGUCCUGAUGGACUCCCAGGCCCCAUCGGCCUUCCAGGGCCAGCCGGACCCCCUGGGGACAGAGGGAUUCCAGGAGAAGUCCUAGGAGCCCAGCCAGGGCCCCGCGGAGAUGCUGGCCUACCAGGACACCCUGGGCUGAAAGGCGUCCCAGGAGAGAGGGGGCCCCCUGGAUUCAGAGGAAGCCAGGGGAUGCCUGGGAUGCCAGGACUUAAAGGUCAGCUGGGCUUCCCAGGACCGUCAGGCCAGCCAGGACUGCCCGGACCCCCAGGACAAUACGGAUUCCCAGGAGCUCCCGGCCGAGAGGGGCCCUUGGGCCUGCCAGGUGCCCCAGGCCUUGGAGGUCUUCCUGGGGACAGGGGGCAGCCUGGUGACACAGGUGUCCCUGGCCCUGUGGGCAUGAAAGGCCUGUCUGGGGACAGAGGCGAUGCUGGAGUGCCAGGCGAGCGCGGUCACCCAGGAAGCCCCGGAUUUAAAGGGAUGGAGGGGACGCCUGGUGUCCCUGGAAAGAAAGGGGAGCGAGGCUCGCCUGGAAUGGAUGGCUUUCAGGGCAUGGUGGGACUCAAAGGAAGGCCUGGGAUCCCAGGAUUCAAGGGAGAAUCUGGAUUCUUCGGAAUUCCUGGUCUGAAGGGCCCGGCUGGAGAGCCCGGUGUUAAAGGCAACAGAGGAGAACCCGGCCCCCCAGGACCACCUCCCAUCAUCCUACCAGGGAUGAAGGACAUUAAAGGGGAGAAAGGAGAUGAAGGGCCAAUGGGCCUGAAAGGCUACUUUGGCUUGAAAGGUACCCAAGGAAUGCCAGGGGUCCCCGGGCUGGCAGGAAUACCAGGGCUACCUGGAAGGCCCGGCUACAUCAAAGGAGUCAAGGGGGACAUCGGCGUCCCCGGGGUGCCAGGCUUGCCGGGGUUCCCUGGAGUGGCUGGCCCUCCCGGAAUUAUCGGAUUCCCCGGAUUCACAGGAAGUCGGGGUGACAAGGGUGCUCCUGGCAGAGCAGGUCUUUACGGAGAGACUGGCCCUACUGGGGACUUUGGUGAUAUUGGGGACACUAUAGACUUACCAGGAAGCCCAGGUCUGAAGGGGGAACGGGGCAUCACCGGAACUCCAGGUGUCAAGGGGUUCUUUGGAGAGAAAGGAGCUGAGGGUGAAGUCGGCUUUCCCGGGAUCACAGGCCUGGCUGGAGCCCAGGGCACUCCUGGACUUAAAGGACAGACAGGCUUCCCAGGGCUCACCGGACUGCGGGGCCCACAGGGAGAGCCAGGACGGACCGGAGCGCCUGGUGACAAGGGAGACUAUGGCUGGCCCGGGGCACCAGGCUUACCAGGUUUCCCUGGAAUCCGAGGAAUCAGUGGAUUACACGGCCUGCCGGGCACCAAGGGCUUCUCCGGAUCCCCAGGUGCCGACAUCCAUGGAGAUCCAGGGUUCCCGGGCCCUAUUGGGGAGAGGGGUGAUCCCGGAGAGCCCAACACACUCCCAGGCCCUGUGGGAGUCCCAGGACGGAAAGGCGAGCAGGGAGCUCCAGGGGAACGAGGCCCAGUCGGGACCCCAGGACUUCAGGGCUUCCCCGGCGUUUCCCCCCCUUCCAACAUAUCUGGCGCACCGGGUGAUAUAGGGUCACCGGGGAUAUUUGGCCCAGACGGUUACCAAGGUCCAGCAGGCCCACCUGGCCCAGCCGCACUCCCUGGAAGCAAAGGAGAUGAAGGGAGCCCGGGGGCUCCAGGAAGUCCCGGUGUCAAAGGAUGGGUUGGAUACCCAGGGCCGCAGGGCCGUCCUGGUGUGUUUGGUCUCCCGGGAGAGAAAGGAGCCAGGGGGGAUCCAGGAUUCAUGGGCAACACUGGCGCCACUGGAGCUGUGGGUGACCGAGGCCCCAAGGGACCCAAAGGAGACCAGGGAUUCCCUGGUGCUCCAGGCUCCAUGGGAUCCCCAGGCAUUGCAGGAAUCCCCCAGAAGAUUGCCGCCCAGCCUGGAUCCAUGGGUCCCCAGGGCAGGAGAGGUCUUCCCGGAGCACAGGGAGAGAUGGGACCACAAGGCCCUCCAGGAGAUCCAGGUCUUCGUGGGGCUCCAGGCAAGGCCGGGCCUCAGGGACGAGGUGGUGUGUCUGCAGUUCCAGGGUUCCGUGGAGAUCAAGGGCCCAUGGGGCACCAGGGCCCAAUCGGCCAAGAAGGGGAGCCAGGCCGUCCAGGGAGCCCAGGCCUACCAGGGAUGCCAGGCCGCAGUGUCAGCAUCGGCUACCUCCUGGUGAAACACAGCCAGACGGACCAGGAGCCCAUGUGCCCUGUGGGCAUGAACAAGCUCUGGAGUGGGUACAGCCUACUGUACUUCGAGGGCCAAGAGAAAGCCCACAACCAGGACCUGGGGCUGGCAGGCUCCUGCCUGGCACGCUUCAGCACCAUGCCCUUCCUGUACUGCAACCCGGGCGACGUCUGCUACUACGCCAGCCGCAACGACAAAUCCUCCUGGCUGUCCAGCACCGCCCCGCUGCCCAUGAUGCCCGUGGCCGAGGAGGAAAUCAAGCCCUACAUCAGCCGCUGCUCUGUGUGCGAAGCCCCGGCCAUGGCCAUCGCCGUCCACAGCCAGGACGUCUCGAUACCCCACUGCCCGGCAGGCUGGCGGAGCCUGUGGAUCGGCUAUUCCUUCCUCAUGCACACGGCAGCUGGGGACGAAGGCGGUGGCCAGUCGCUGGUGUCACCGGGCAGCUGUCUGGAGGACUUCCGGGCCACGCCAUUCAUCGAGUGCAACGGGGGUCGUGGGACUUGCCACUACUUCGCCAACAAGUACAGCUUCUGGCUGACCACCAUCCCGGAGCAGAGCUUCCAGGGCUCACCGUCGGCGGACACGCUCAAGGCCGGCCUCAUCCGCACGCACAUCAGCCGCUGCCAGGUGUGCAUGAAGAACCUGUGAGGCCUGGCCAGCUCCGCGCGGGACCGUCACUUUGGUGCUUAUUUUUAUUAGUUGUUUUUUUUUAAUUUGGAUCUUUUGAGACCGAGUCUCACUUUGUAGCCCCGCCUGGCCUGGAACUAUGUAACCCGAGGCUGGCCUCAAACUCGUGGCAAACCUCCUGCCUCAGCCUCCCCACGUGCUGGGAUUUACAGGCAUGCGCCACCUCACCCAGCUUGGUGCUUACUCUUAACUUAUUACCUCAGAUGCUGACCCCAAAGUUGAUCUUAGUAUUUUCUUUUAAAAAUUUAAAAAAAAAAAAUUACCAAAGGAAUUCUGCACCAGCUCUCGCACCAAAUCGCCUCUGCCAGCAAGUGGGCACUGGACCCUCUGGGCUCCACCACCCACAGGUUGUGGCACUGCUAAUACCAACUGUGCCGCCCAGUGUAGACAUCCAGAGAGUGCCCCACGUGUCACGGUGCUUCCUCUGGCCGUGGACGGCUCUCAUUGCUACUCUCACAUCCAUAUGACAGCAGAUGAGACUCUGGCCCGAGCGCGGUGGCUGGAGCCGGACCUGACCACCACCCAUUCCCACAUGGGGGUCCCUGCGGUGCACCUGGGCCCACUUUCAAAGCCGAGGGGAGGCAUGGCAGUUCUGUCUCUCCCAACACACACGGUGAGCUGGCCAAGUCCCCCCAGCAGUCACAGAGGACCGUUCUUCCCUAAGUCAAUGGCUCUGGCCACACUCACAGGGAGGCACAGCCCUGUCUAGCCCUCGCCAUUGCCAUCAUCUGCUGGAAGGGAAACUUGCCAAAUACACAGUGGUGUCCCAAGACCAGCGUCCCCAAGACACCUCCCACCUAUUCCCUGCAAGAAGCUGUCCUGUACGCCUAUCCCGUGUAACGCCACAAAUAAAAAUUAUAAUGGAUAUUUCUA